AUGGCCGGGCGGCGGGUGAAUGUGAAUGUGGGCGUGCUGGGUCACAUCGACAGCGGUAAAACGGCGCUGGCGCGGGCUCUAAGCACCACUGCCUCCACCGCCGCCUUCGAUAAACAGCCGCAGAGCCGUGAGCGCGGCAUCACGCUCGACCUGGGCUUCUCUUGCUUCUGUGUGCCACUGCCCGAGCGUCUGCGGUCGGCGCUGCCCGUGGCGGCGUCCGAGGCCAGGUCCGAGCCCGCGGAGCCUCAGCUGCAGGUCACGCUGGUCGACUGUCCGGGGCACGCCUCCCUCAUUAGGACCAUCAUAGGCGGAGCCCAGAUCAUUGAUCUAAUGAUGCUGGUCAUCGAUGUGACCAAGGGGAUGCAGACACAGUCAGCAGAAUGCCUAGUGAUUGGCCAGAUUGCCUGCCAGAAGCUGCUCGUGGUCCUGAACAAAAUAGACCUCUUAGCCGAGGGCAAGAGACAGGCAGCAAUUGAUAAAAUGACCAAGAAAAUGCAGAAGACCCUAGAGAACACCAAGUUUCGAGGAGCGCCGAUCAUACCUGUGGCGGCGAAGCCUGGGGGACCAGAGGCACCUGAAACAGAAGCUCCACAGGGCAUCUCAGAGCUUAUUGAGCUCCUGAAGUCCCAGAUUUCCAUCCCGACGAGAGAUCCAUCGGGACCAUUCCUCAUGUCUGUGGACCACUGCUUCUCCAUCAAGGGCCAAGGCACUGUGAUGACAGGAACCAUCCUCUCCGGCUCCGUUCACCUCAGCGACAGUGUAGAGAUUCCUGCCCUCAAGGUGGUAAAGAAAGUUAAGUCAAUGCAGAUGUUCCACAUGCCCAUCACAUCAGCCAUGCAAGGAGACCGACUGGGCUUAUGUGUGACCCAGUUUGACCCUAAAUCGCUGGAGCGCGGGCUGGUGUGUGCUCCCGAGUCCCUGCAUACCAUCCAUGCAGCCAUUGUUUCCGUGGAGAAGAUCCCGUAUUUCCGGGGGGCCUUGCAAACCAAGGCCAAGUUCCACAUCACAGUGGGCCACGAGACAGUCAUGGGGCGGCUCAUGUUCUUCAGCCCGACCCCCGAGAACUUCAGCCACGAGCCUGUGCUGGACUCGUUUGACUUCUCGCAUGAGUACCUCUUCCAGGAGCAGUUCCUGUGCAAGGACCUGGUGCCCACAGAUGGCAGCGAGGCCAACCAGCAGGCUGGUCAGACCACGGAGGGCCAGUGCCCCCAGCAGCAGUGGGCCCUCGUGGAGUUUGAGAAGGCUGUCACCUGCCCUCGCCUCUGCCUGCUGAUCGGCUCCCGGCUCGAUGCCGACAUUCACGCAAACACCUGCCGGCUGGCCUUCCACGGGACCCUUCUGCACGGGCUGGAGGACAAGCACUAUGCCGAGAGCUCUCUGCCCAAGCUGAAGGUGUACAAGCUGAAGCACAAACAAGGCCUCGUGGAGCGGGUAAUGGAUGACUACAGUGUGAUUGGCCGCUCCCUGUUCAAAAAGGAGACCAACAUCCAGCUCUUCGUGGGACUCAAGGUGCACCUGUCGACUGGCGAGCAGGGGGUCAUUGACAGCGCCUUUGGCCAGAGUGGCAAGUUCAAAGUCCACAUCCCUGGUGGCCUCAGCCCAGAGUCCAGGAAGAUGCUGGCACCAGGAGUCAAGAAGCGGGGCCGAGGUGGCCGAGGGGAAGCGACCAAAGAAGAGGAGGGUGUGGAGCGGCCAGAGCCCGCACAGCCUGUCACGCUCAGCCUGACCUUCAAGCGCUAUGUCUUCGAUACCCAAAAGCGCAUGAUUCAGUCACCCUGA